CGGUCCGGCCGAAGUGAGGCUCGGGGCAUGGGCAUCCUGCCGGGCCUCGAGCCCUCCGCGGAUAGCCUGCAGUCCAGUCCUUGCUCCCCGGGCCCGGCCGGAUGGACCGCGAGACGCGCGCCUUCGCCGAGCGCCACUUCCGAGGCCUCGGGGGCCGCGUCUUGGACGGCGGCGGCCGGGCUCCGGGCAGUGUGGCCUUCAUCAAGGAUCCCGACGCCUUCUCCUACGCCGACUUCUUCAAGGGCUACCUGCUGCCCAACGUGCCCUGCGUGUUCUCCAGCGCCUUUACCGAGGGCUGGGGCAGCCGGCGGCGCUGGGUGACCGCCGCGGGGAAGCCCGACUUCGACUACCUGCUCCAGAAGUACGGAGACGUGGUUGUACCCGUUGCAAACUGCGGGGUCCGGGAAUACAAUUCGAACCCCAAAGAACACAUGCCCCUCAGAGACUACAUCAGCUACUGGAAGGAGUACAUCCAGGGGGGCUACUCCUCUCCGCGGGGCUGUCUCUACCUCAAAGACUGGCAUCUCUGCAGAGACUCCUCGGCAGAGGACGUGUUCACCCUGCCUGUGUACUUCUCGUCUGACUGGCUGAAUGAAUUCUGGGAUGCCUUGGAUGUGGACGACUACCGCUUCGUCUACGCGGGACCCACAGGCACCUGGUCCCCAUUCCACGCCGACAUUUUCCGCUCCUUCAGCUGGUCGGUCAACAUCUGCGGGCGGAAGAAGUGGCUCUUCUUCCCCCCAGGGCAGGAGGAGGCCCUGAGGGAUUGCUACGGCGGCCUCCCCUACGAUGUGACCUCCCCUGCACUCCUCAACACCCACCUGCACCCACUGCAUCAGUACAGCAGCCCGCCCCUGGAGGUGACGGCCCUGGAGGUCACGCAAGAGGCUGGCGAGAUGGUAUUUGUGCCCAGCGGGUGGCACCACCAAGUUCACAACCUGGAUGACACCAUCUCCAUCAACCACAACUGGGUCAACGGCUGUAACCUGGCCAACAUGUGGCACUUCCUGCAGCAAGAGCUCCACGCUGUGCAGCAGGAGGUCAGCCAGUGGAGAGACUCCAUGCCCGACUGGCACCACCACUGCCAGGUCAUCAUGAGGUCCUGCUCGGGGAUCAAUUUUGAAGAAUUUUACCACUUCCUCAAGGUCAUUGCUGAAAGGAGGCUCCUCAUCUUGGGGGAGGGAAUGGAGGGGCACAUUGCGGCCACUGGGCUGGGCCCCCAGCAGGCUGCUUUUGACAUUGCCCGCAUCGCAGAGGUGCUGACAUCUGUGGUCCAGCACCCAGACUUCCAGAGAGUGGACACCAGUGCGUUCUCGCCGCAGCCAGAGGAGCUGCUGCAGCAGCUGGAGGAGGCCGUCGCUGCCACUGCAUCCCUUUAGCACCUGCUGGAGGAUGGGGCGCCCUGGAGGCACCAGCCAGAAGGCAGCCUCCCUGCUCUAGGCCCCACCCAGAAAUAAAGACAGCCUUCAUCCCUGUGGCCUGGGACAUGCUCCCUUCUGAGCCUUCUGACCUGGG